GAGAAGAAAGUGGGUCCGAUUUAUUUAUGCAAUUAAAGUAAGAAGUGGGUAAUCCAAAUUGUAUAGCUGCUGAUGRCCGAGCGAAAAAUCCGCGCGCGUGAGCUCGCAUUGGAUGCGCACCAAUAAUCCAUYCAUCGCUGCUGGCUCGCUCGGAGGACUUGAGCUUGAUCCUGCUUUCGCAUGGGGGCAAAAAUCUGAAAACCAGAAGAAAGAAAUCAUCUGGGUCCUCGUUGACUGCGACCCAUUUGGAAAUCCGAUCAAAGUAGCAAUUUCGCUUUCAGGGCUUUUAGAUGGUUGAAUUCCACGCUCUUCUGCCGCCAUUUCGAGCUGGGGUUCUGCUAAUUUAGGGUUUUCGCCCACUUUCCCACUUGGGGUUUUUUCAGUUCCUUCUUAGUCAGUCAGUCAGUCGUCGGAUCUUGUGGAGGACGAAGAUCUCGAGUGAGUGACUGGUAACGACUUCUUCUCUUCGCGGUUUGAGGGUGGUGAUUUUGGUUGAUGGUAGAAAAGUUUGGGAGUUUGUUUCUAGAUUUCUCUGUGGAAGGAAAUACCCGUUUGGUGUGGACGAGGAUAUGAGAAAGCGAUGUAGCAGGAAACUGAGGACAAGGACUUAGAAUUCUGUGUUUUCUUUUCCUUCUUUGGAGAAAUUUUCGCGUCUAAGAACAAGUGGUAAAUUGGCAAUUUUGAAGACAAUUGAUGAUUUAGGAAGUGAAUUUUGUGAGUUUUCCUUUGAUUCCCAGGGAAUGGCGACGCCAGUUGAGCCUCCAAACGGGRUUAGGUCACAAGGGAAGCAUUACUUCUCAAUGUGGCAGACAUUGUUUGAGAUUGAUACGAAAUAUGUACCGAUCAAGCCUAUUGGUCGAGGGGCAUACGGGAUUGUGUGUUCUUCUGUGAAUAGGGAAACAAAUGAAAAAGUUGCGAUAAAGAGGAUACACAAUGCCUUUGAGAACCGCAUCGAUGCCCUCAGGACUUUGCGCGAAUUGAAGCUCCUUAGGCAUCUUCGCCAUGAAAAUGUGAUAUGCUUGAAAGAUGUGAUGAUGCCCAUCCAUAGGAGGAGUUUCAAAGAUGUUUAUUUGGUUUAUGAACUGAUGGACACGGAUCUACAUCAGAUUAUUAAGUCUUCUCAAACUCUUACCAAUGACCACUGCCAAUAUUUCCUCUUUCAGUUGCUUCGAGGCCUAAAGUAUCUGCACUCAGCAAACAUUCUACAUCGCGACUUGAAGCCCGGGAACCUCCUUGUCAAUGCAAAUUGUGAUCUCAAGAUAUGCGAUUUCGGGUUGGCGCGUACAAGCAAYGGCAAGAAUCAGUUUAUGACAGAGUAUGUUGUAACUCGCUGGUAUCGGGCCCCGGAACUGCUGCUCUGCUGUGAGAAUUAUGGGACAUCAAUUGAUGUGUGGUCUGUAGGAUGCAUCUUUGCGGAGCUUCUCGGUAGGAAACCUAUCUUCCCCGGCACCGAAUGUUUGAACCAAUUGAAGUUGAUAAUUAACAUACUGGGUAGCCAGAGAGAGGAAGACCUUGAGUUCAUAGACAAUCCAAAGGCAAGGAAGUAUAUUAAAUCUCUCCCGUACUCUCCCRGGGCUCCCCUCAACCGUCUUUAUCCGAAUGCUCAUCCUCUCGCAAUUGAUCUUCUUCAAAAGAUGCUUGUUUUCGACCCAUCAAAGCGRAUCAGUGUCACUGAAGCACUGCAGCAUCCAUACAUGUCCCCACUGUAUGAUCCAAACAGCAAUCCUCCAGCUCAGGUACCCAUCGAUCUCCACAUUGAUGAGGAACUCGGAGAAGAAAUGAUACGAGAGAUGAUGUGGAAAGAAAUGCUUCAUUACCACCCCGAAGAUCUCGAAGAACAUGCCGAAAUGACUUGUUACCACCCCGAGCCUGCUACGGGGAGUACCGUGGUGUAUUCUUGACCGAUAUCUCUUUGUUGUUAGGCCUUGGAUGGUGACAAGCAUUCGGUUUCUUCCCCAUUUCGCUACGGUAUCGAUUAGCUCGGUAAUUAUCUAGUAAUCCCUCCCUUCACCGUCGUGUAAUAAGUAAUAAUGUCUAAACAAGCAUGCGUUAUAGGGUUUUUCUGCUGUAGCAUGUAAGUCUGUUGUCUGGUUUUAGCUUUCAAGAACCUUAAUUUGGAUGGUCUUGUUUGUGCUUGUAAAUAGGUUUUGCUGGUUUGAAAUAUGGAACCUCUUUCAGUUUCUGAAAACUAUUUUGAUUUUUA